GUUAGUCUUUCUGAACCCUUCACAUCUCUAAUUCUCAUCAUUACCAUGGAGCCCAACAGUCCCAAAAAGAUACAAUUUGCUGUGCCUUUAUUCCAGAGUCAGAUUGCACCUGAAGCAGCUGAGCAGAUCAGGAAAAGAAGACCUACACCAGCAUCACUCGUGAUUCUCAAUGAACAUAACCCCCCAGAAAUAGAUGACAAGAGGGUGACCAACACACAAGCAGAAUCACAGAAUGCAUCCCCUAAGCAAAGGAAGCAGAGUGUGUACACACCACCCGCCAUGAAAGGGGUUAAGCAUAUGAAAGGCCAGAAUGAAUCAGCAUUCCCUGAAGAAGAAGAAGGCAUGAACGAGAGAGAGGAGCAGUGGGACCAUUAAUUACGGGUCUGCAGCAAGAAGGCUUCUUGGGAAUAACUGAACUAUUAAUUUCUCUGAAUAUCCCAUGGAAUGCCACUGCUUGACUUCCAGAAGCAACCUCCAUCUCUGCUCCACACUCAUACAGUAGUAACACUCCUCCUGGGAAGCAGCUCUUCAUGGAACUUUAGAAGUACAUACAGAUU